AAUCAAACAAAUUGUUAUUUUAGUGCUAUAUAUGAGACAUGCGGUGAAGUCUAUGAUUGUUGACUCAAAUGAUUGAAACAAAACAUUUGCUUUACGUUUAAGUUAUUUGUAAUUCAAUUGUCAUUCAAUUAAAAUUGAUUUCAUUGACUGACACAAUGACUGAAGAAAAAAGUGAAAUAUAUUGGACACCACUUGAGUCCAAUCCGGACGCUAUGAACAAGUUUUUAUGGACUAUUGGUGUCCCUAAAGAGUGGUCUAUUGUCGAUGUCUACGGUUUAGAUGAAGAGUUGUUACAAUUCAUUGAAGGACCAGUUGUGGCACUAAUCCUAUUAUAUCCUGAUAGUGCUCACAAACACGUACUAAGUAUAACUCAAGACAUCGAUACCAUGGAUGACGACAACCGACAAAAUGUUUUUUUCAUGAAACAAACCAUUCGUAACGCCUGUGGAACCGUUGCGCUCAUUCAUUCAGUGGCUAACAAUUGUCACCAAAUUGCUCUUCAAGACAAUUCAAGUCUAAAGAAUUAUAUCGAUAAGAGUCGAGAGUUGGCACCUGAAGAAAGAGGUCGGCUAUUGGAGGGUAACAAAGAUAUCUGUAAUGCUCAUCACGUGUGCGCCAGUGAGGGUCAGACAACUACACCGGCACCCGAUGCCAAUGUUAGCGGGCAUUUCGUGGCAAUGGUUCAUAAUAACGGCUAUCUAUAUCAUUUGGAUGGCAGUCAAAUACAACCCAUAAAACACUGUCAAACUAGUGAUGAGACCUUUCUGUUAGAUGCGGCCCGAGUUAUACGACAAUUCGUGGACAAAGACCCGAGUAAUUUGAAUUUCACUGUCGUUGCACUGAGUCAUCAAAAUCAAGACCUAAUGUGAUAUGAUAUGCAAACAUUUUUUCUGCUAAUUAAUUUAAAACAUAAAUUGACACACAUUUCAAUACAUUGUUA